AUGUCACCUUUAAAUUUAUGGACAUUCGUAGCGUUCGUAUUGGCGAUAUGCAGCACUGAUGCCUUUGAACUCCGUGGUACUGUCUACCUCCCUGACUUAAUGACAGAAAAGGUCGAGCCUUUUAUUGUAAAACUCAAUGGUGGGGAACAAACGACUUUUGUUCGUUCCGAUGGUUCCUUUUUGUUUCGAGACGUGGCAUUUGGUCGCUAUGUCGUGGACAUUCCGUCUACCAAGUUCCUGUUUAGUCAGUAUAAAGUCGAUGUAGGAGCUGAUGGACUCAUUCGUGCUCUUGAGUAUAAAUACGUGGGGGCUCCCAAGACUCACGUUAGUUAUCCACUUGUCGUGGAGCCUGUGAAACAGCUCGAGUACUUUGAACAACGUGAAAAGUUUCAUCUACUUGGAUUGAUUAUGAAUCCGUCUUUUUUGACAAUUGUUGUGCCAAUUGCACUGCUGUAUGUACUGCCGAAACUUACAGAGGGAAUGGAUCCAGAGGAGAUGAAGAAAGCACAGGAGGAGAUGGGAGCAACCGACCCAUCGUCAUUAUUGGCAGGAAUGUUGGGUGGUGGCCAGACUAAUGCUGAAGACAGUGACGACGAUUAA